GCAAAAAGUGAAAUGUUAAUUUGAAGUUCUGUCUUUGACCAACCCGGACCCUCACAUGGCUUAUCAUAUGAUUCUCUUUGCUAUUUUACUUGUAACAGCAGAUGUCGAGAGCAUUAGGACACUAAAACACGUUACUGUAAGAGAAGGAGGAACAGUAACUAUCCCGUGUCUGUAUGACAGUCGCUAUAAACUAAACCCAAAGUACUGGUGUACAGGAGCGACCUGGGCUCUGUGCGCCAUAAAUGCACAUACAAACAGAACUGGGAAAUGGCUGAUAACAGAUGACCCAUCUCAGAACAUCUUUACAGUGGAACUCAAAAAUCUGACAACAUCAGACUCUGGAUUUCACUGGUGUGCUGUGGAGAUGAGCAAGAAACUAGAUCACAGUCAACAUCUGUAUUUAACAGUUAAAGCAGGUAAGAAAGGAUUUUUCAGUGUAUCUGGAGAUGAAGGUGGUAAUAUCAGUGUAAAGUGUCUCUACAGUUCUGCAUAUAAGAACAAACACAAACAGUGGUGCAGAAUUAUAGACAAGAGCUGUUAUACAGUGGGGAAAAGCGGCACAUCGCAGUAUUCGGUUCAGAUCAGUGAUGAUGAGAGCGAAUCCUUCACUGUGCUGAUGUCAGGACUGAUGCUGAAGGAUUCUGGCUGGUACUUCUGCUCUGUAGGAGAUCAACAGGCUCCUGUUCAACUUUUUGUUCAAUGGACAAACACAUCUAAAAAUUCAAAUCUAAGCUUGGAUAAUGCUACAUCACCUUUUACCAUCUCUGAAAACCACCGUAUCAUUAAUCAUAAUAAAGAAGACAAUAAAUCCCCCUCGACUGAUGACAGGAAUAGGAUUUUCGUGCUGCUCUGUAUUACUGGCCCAUUACUGCUGCUGGUGGUGGUGGCUUUCUUCAUCUGGAGGAUUAAACGAAAACACAAUGGCGUUUUGUUUACACCAGGACCAGAUCCCAAUUCUAUGGCAGAGGACUCUAUGUCUCCCUGGUAUUGCACAGUCCUCUUUAAGAAAGCAAACGAUGACAAAGAAGACGACCACAUCUCUAUUCGCUGUGCUCCUGACAGAGAUGAUGACGUGGUCUACAGUACCGUGAAACAUCUUUGAUAAUAGGGAAACAACUGAGAAACAGUCUCACCUGUGACUCUCAGCACCUGCAGGCUCACGAGAGGUUUGAGUGAAGCAGGACUCAGACUUCUCAGGUUAUUUCUGCUGAGGUCCAGAAG